GAACUGAAGAACAGGUGGUUGGGGAAGUCGGAGGGGAUGUGACUCUGACCUGCUGGAAUGCGUCUCGGCAGGCCAUUGGAGUGGAAUGGUUCCAUGGGGAGCCUGGAGCGAUUCCCAUCCUCUUCUCCUCGGAUGGCAAGCUUCCUUCUGAUGCUCGCCUUUCGUUGGUGGGGAACAGCUCCUUGCACAUCUCGGGGCUGCGACGGCAGGACGAAGGCAACUAUACUUGCAAGGAAGUGCUGAACGAGACAAAACACAUGCAUAGGAUCCAGUUGCUCGUGGCCAGUGGACCUGACAGAGUGAGCAUCAACAUCUCUCCCACCACAGCACUGCCAAAUGGGACACUGUAUGCACGGAGGUAUGACAUUGUUAACUUCACCUGCGCCAGUGAUUCCCAGCCUGUACCCACAACCGAAUGGAGUUUCAUCCAGUCCAGUUCCACCCAAGAACUGUUCACAGAAGUCAACAACUCCCUGGGCUACUUUGUCCUCUACAACAUAUCCCCCCAGUACCAAGGGAAUUACUCCUGUUCAGCAACCAACCCACUCAGUAGCCAUCGGGCAACUGCGACCUAUGAACUUCUGAUCUACUAUCCUCCACCACUGUCACCUCGUUGUUGGGCUCAGACCUCCACGGAAGAUUCUGGUAUGGUACAGCUCUUCUGCACCUGGCCUGGAGGGUACCCACACCCCACACUCCAGUGGACAAACCAGAAGAACAUAACCUGGGCCUUUGACACCAUCAACAGAACAGAUACUAUUGUGGCCAACCUGAACAGCUCACAUCUGCCCUACGGGAAGGAGUUCGUGUGCCACGGUCAACAUAUCACAAAUCAAGAAGAGAGCCAAGCUUGCCCCAUACAGUUGGAAGGCCCUUUGGUCAUGUCUGACCCUCUAAGGACCUGCUUUGAAGGACGAGCUGCCAUUAUGACCUGCCAGGCAACUGCCGGCAACCCUCCGGCCAAAAUCACCUGGCUGCGCAACGUCACCCAACCGGGGACAGAGAUUCAGUCUGGCGGGAGGUUUCUCAUCCGCCAAAAGGGCAGCGUCUCCACCCUUCUCAUCCAGAACUGCUCCCACGGCGCUGAUGAAGGCUACUACCUCUGCAAAGCUGAGAACCCGCUGGGGGUGAAGGAGGUGUACGUUCACCUCAGGGUGACCGAGCCCGUGAACAUCGGAGGCAUUGUGGGAGCGAUCGUGGCCCUUUUGCUUCUAGUUGUUCUGAUCGUUUUCGGAAUCUUUUUAUACGCUGGACCUCGCUUUUGGCCCAAAAGCAACAUCCUCAGGAACCGAGAGGCGAGCGACAUCCUUGUGCUGAUGGAUUCAGAGGACGAGGGCCAGCCGACAGAAACGACCGAAGAGCUCCCUUCGCCUCAAGCCGUAGCAAACGGAUCUUUGACCGGGCCUGCUGAAAAUUCCCACCCUGAGCUGUCUACUGAAAUCUCCAUGGAGGAAAUCAAAAGGGAACCAAACCCCACCCGGUAGAGGGAUGUCAGUCUCACCUGCUGCUAAUCAAACGGGCCUUGCAAUAAGGCAUGUCCGGCACCAGACCAGGAAGGGUAAAGCCCUUCCGGCAGCCAGCUCCCUCUCUUCUGGCGGCCAGUCUUUGUCCUCUUGCCUUUUCUCCUUGCCGCGCUUCUCCGGUCUGUUGCUGCUUCUUUCCUCUGGCUCCUUGUAAGAUGCUGAGACUGAAACUGAACACUCAUGGUGCGGGAAGCACGUCUAGGGGCAGAGGGCUGGAGUCAAAGACCUUCUUCUUUCUUACAGCAUGGCAGAUGAAGGGAACAAGGACCGGAAUGAGUUUCCCUGGGCAGGAAGCACCAUGGACUAGUGAAAAUGGCUGGGGAAAGAGAAGGCAAGGUGCUCCUCGUCUGGCUUUCGGUCCUGUUUGUCCUUAUCUGAUCUUUACUGAGAACUGAAAACAGGUUUGAGUUGAACAGGACAAGGGUCCCCGUGGUGGCCUGGCCAUGGCCUCCAAGGCUCAGUAUCAGCUGGUGUGUUUGCAAGUGACCGCAGGCAAAAGGACUCUGCAUUGCUUCUGCUGUGGCCUUAAAAUAGGAUUAAUCGGUCUCUCUUUCCUGUCUUCUGGAAUCCUCAGUGAUCCGUGGAUUUCUGGAUGAGGAGCUGCCUCAACCUGCAAAUAUUCUUGGCCAUUCUGAACUGCAGGAAAGGAGAAUGCUAGGAGGAAAGGCUGGCAUGUUUCGCUCAGAGAAGAGACCCCUUGACAUCCCUCUUCAAAUACUUAACGAGCACGCUUGCAAUCCGCCCCCUCCCCUGGAGCUCUUUCUGAAGAGGGUUCGUACUGCAAGACCCUCUGCUAAGUUUCCCAGUCCUUCCUUGACAGGUGUCCUGUGGUGUGUUGUUGGUGCCACAAUACCCCAGGAUACAAACAGCUUGAGUUCAGAGGAAGACAACACGUACAUUCGGGCAGUCGUACGGAAAACAAGUCCUGUGGAGAAGAGUUGAUGAAACACAAUACUUCAACCAGGCAGGUUGAAGACAUGUGGCUGGAAGACGAUAGCUCUCACAGAAAAGGGCAAAGUUAGUUCACUUGCUACCUCAGAGGCCAGGACUGGAUGUCAUGGGCUUAAGUCACAAUUCUGACUGAACAUUAAGAGCACUUCUGAGAAUGAAAUCAUCUCCCCAGAGAGGUGGGGGGUGGGCUUUUCCUCGCUGGAGGUCUUGAUCGCCGUCCACUGGACAUGUUACCAGCUCCUCCUCUCAUCACUGGUGGACAGAGUUCAGUUUUCUCAGACUGCUGCUGUUUUUGCAAUUUUUUUAUUUGUUUGUUUGUUUUUAAACAAAUGCGGUCAACCAGCUGGAACUAGAGCCAGGACCAACAUUAAGUUGCUGGGUAGAUUGGAGGCAAUUGCCUAUUUCACUCAUCUCAUGAGACAUUCACUAGAACAAUACAAAACACAACUACAUUGAAGUUGCUGUUUAACAAAGAUUUGAACAUUAACUUGCAAGACCCAUCAGCAGAGACGAACAAACAGUUUAGGUGCUUCCAAAUAAGAGGAGUCUUUGACAAAGCUAGGAAAAGUUAAUAUUUUUUUGGACAACAACUCCUAGAAUCCUAUUGCCAGUAAUGCCAGUAGGACUCUGGAAGUUACAGACAAAAAUGGAGCAGAAGAAAACACCUUUUUGCAUAUCCACUUUUAGUGCUACUAAUUAAAAGACACUUAUGCGUCUGUCUUCUUAAUGUCAUCAUCAGCCCCCACCCCUUCAAUAAGCAGUAGAAAACACAAUCGUUAGCAAUAUAAAAUAGCAGUGUCUACAGCCCCUUCCCCCCCAAAAUGUGAAGAAGGUGGGACAAUUGUGCAAUAAAAUUCUCAUAUGCCUCAAAAUUAAUGUUGAUUUCCCCCCACGCAUUUUACAAGGUGAGGAUCAGAGAUGCUGAUAGCCAAGCACAGGGCCAGCCAGAACGGAGAACAAGAAUUUGCUGUUUCAGGUGCGUCUGCCUUGUAAGUGUUAUGGUUCCACCUUAAAGAAUCCUAGGGCUUGUAGUUUGGUGAGAUGCUUAGAAGUCCCCCUUGGAGAGCUUCAGCGCUGUCGUGGAGGAUUCUAAUUCCUUCCCCAAACUACAGAUCCCAGGAUUCCAUAGUACGGAACUAUGGCAGUUAAAAUGUUAUCUAACUGAUGUAACUUUGUAGUAGGGA